GUCGAUUUGAUUUCGAUAUUAUCAGUGCGCCAUGGUGGAUGCCCCAGUGAAGAGAUCCCGAGCGAGUAAGCCCAAAGUGCGGACAGGCUGUCUCACCUGCAAGGCACGCAGAAUCAAAUGCGACGAGGGAAAGCCGGAAUGCAAACGUUGUAAAAUUGGCGGGAGAAAAUGCGAUGGUUUUCUCCCAGCCCAAGAGGAAAUGCUUGCAAUAGUGCCCAAGCAGCUUAUCGGUGUGCCGACAGUGACAUUGCCAGGCGAGUCACGAGCGCUGGAGUUUUUCUUCCAUAAGAGUGCGCCGCUGUUGGCGGGGUUUUUUGAAAGUGCGUUUUGGAAUGGGAGUGUGUUGCAACUUAGUCUUGUGGAGCCGGCUAUUCGGCAGGCUAUUGCGGCUAUCGGGUCUGUUCAUGAAGAGCAGGGGUUGAAGAGAUUGCAGGGUGGCAGUGGCAGCAGCAGCAGUACAGGGUUCGUAACUGCCGUGCAACUGUACAACCGGGCGAUUCGGUUGGUUAUCGCGAGGGCAGAGGUGGAUCCAAAUGCAAUUCCCGCGGUGACGAUGGCAAGUAUCCUGUUUACUUGUUUUGAGUUUCUUCGCGGUAAUGCUCCAGCCGCGGCAUCGCACAUCACCAGCGGUGUCCGUUUGUUACAGGAGUGGCGCGAUAAAACUGGUACUCAGCCUAUAGGCGCUUGGGGUCAAUCACACAAGUCAUUCGAAUCACAAUUCAUGGAAACAGAGCUCGCGCCAAUUUUGAGUCUCUUCAACCUCAACACAUGCGAGUUCGGUCCCGGCCAGCGCACCCGGAUUAUUCUCAAUGCGGUCGACAAGCAGGACUUUCUUGUGCUUCCAGAGAAAUUCGGGAACCUCCGUGAAUCACGCGUUGCACUCGUAGACCUGGUCACCUCAACAUCCGUGCUAUUCAGUAACAUGGACGAGAGCAUUGGCAAAGGACAACCCCUCGAUACCAAUCUCGUAGAAGUCUUCAGUGGCAUCCGCAAUAAUCUCGACCGGUGGAAAGUCAAGUUCGAGGAACUCGUUUACCAUAAAGAGGCAACGUGGGAUAAGAAACAAAGGAGCGCUGCGGACAAUAUCCGUAUUAUGUGGUACAGUACGGAAAUAGGAAUUCUUUCUUAUACAGCGGGAACCGAAACGACAUGGGAUGGGCGCCGGGAUAGCUUUGAAGAGAUCCUGCGCUUGUCGGAAUUGCUCAUUUCAGACACGGAUCGCUACCCGGAUGACCUUUCCAGGACACUCAGUCUGGACUUGGGGUUGAUAUUCCCUCUGCACGCCAUCGAGGAGGCCGCACUAUCCGUCUCUCGUAUGGAUGCCCCGGAUGCAAACGAAGAGGACUUCCUCCCCCCCGAACAUGCGCGCAUUUACGACUUUUACUGCCAGCCACUUUCCAAGGGCUACACGUCAGAAACAGGCAAAAUGUAUACAUUACACGUUGUGACUUUCGAAACUAAGCCCGAUGGCCCACAAGGGGAACCGCAAUACUACACUGAGAGUAUUUGGAUGCCGACUACUACCACUCAGGUAGGAGACAAAAGAGAGCAGGAAGCCGUAAAUGAGAUUGCACCAUUGACGAACCUGCUAUCCACUAAACAGUGGGCAAGGCCUAAAGUGACAGAUAUGCAGACGGCGAGUCUGUUGAAAGGGGUUGUUUUUGGGUUAGAGUAA